AUGCCAAGAGAAGUUUUUCCGUUUAACAAAAGCAAUAACAAUGAGGAUGGCAAGAGCAGUCGAUCUUUAAAGAGAUCUCAUUUUGAAGCUGAAGACAAUGAGAGUGAUAGAAAAGCCAAUAAUUAUAGCCUCGAUUACGACUCUUUAAUUCAAGAGUUGGCAUCAAUAAUUAUUAAAGUUGGGAUAUUAAAAGAAAAGGAGCACAAGUUAGUCGAAAUAGAAUUAUAUUUAGAAGAAGAAACAAAGAAAAAUGAAGUUCUUCAAGAAUAUAGCUCUUUAGCUAUAAAUAAGCUCAAUGAAGAAAGAGCAGUAUUGGAAAGAAAAGUUGAAGCUCUUGAGAAGGUGGAUAAGAAGAAUGAAGUCUUUCAAAAGAUUGUAAGUAAGCUUGAAAAAGAGAAAGAAAAUUUGGAGAAACAAGUUGAAACUCUUGAGAGAGCAGUUCUUGAGCUAAAAGAUAAUCUAGUGGCAAAGGACUAUGCAAUUUGGCAAAAUACCCUUAAUAGGUUAAAGGCUAAAAAUAAAGACCUUUUAUUGAAAUUGGAGGAAUUAUAUAAUAAACUUGAGAGAAUUUAUACUGAUGGCAUUGAUAUCGAUGUAAUCCCAAUACAGAGCCUAAAAAAUGCUGAACAUUUAAAUAACUUGCUUGAAGCAUUGCAAAAUAGAUCUGAGAAAUAUAAUGAAGCCUUAUCCAAACUUUUUGGAUACAAUUUUGAAUUCUAUGAGAACAAGAGUGUUCGAUUAACAUUAUUGUUCUUUGACGACAGUAAUUACUUCAUAUUUAAACUGGAUAAGAACGAAAAAAUGCAGCUAGCAGGUGGAAGUCCCAAAUUCAUUGAAAGCUUAGAAAAUCAUUCCGCAUUCUGA